ACUUAUGAAGUUGACAGUCCCAUGAAAUUGGUCAGUCCCUUGUAUGUAGCCUUUAAAAGACUAAUAAGCCUUAGGUUGUGUGAAAUAAGGUAGUGGACUUCUGUUAUUAGACUGUUCAUUUCCCAAAGUAUAGUAACAUAAAAAAAAUUGUAUAGAUAUAGAGGACAAUGUAGUUUUUAAAGUGUAUAUUUCAAUACACAUUCUGCCUUCAAAGUUCCAAGUCAUAUCCAUUUUAGAGAAAUACUCACAUAAUUAUAGUAAAUCAUUUACCCAAAGGCAGGAUAUAUGUUUCCAUUAAUCCAAAUACCCAUAAAAUCCAAACUUACAUCAAGUGCAUUAAUUUACUUCAUUAUAAAGAUGACAUAUAUUUAAUAGUGUCAACAAAACCAAAAUGAAUUAUUUUGCAUUCUGUAAAAGCAUUAUCAUAAUCACACUUUCAUAUUUUUCAAUAUAAAAACAGCUGACAAAAAUGUGUUUUGAGCAUUAAGUACAGCUUAACAAAAUGCCAUACUUAACAACCUUUAAAUGGAAAAAUCAUGUCAUUUCUAAUAAAUACCUGAUGUAGAAAUAUAUUGGAUUAAAAAAAUAUACAGUAGAUUGGAAAAAUUGAAGCUUUUGCAGUCCUCUCUAAAGCAGCAGUACGCAACCUUUACAGCUUGGCAGCCUGGCAGGGCAGGGGGGAACCAGCCUAGGCAAAUCGUGGGCAGGCACAUGCAUGCACAUGCACACCAAACCACUGCUUGGGCAAUUUGAACUAUGUGCCAGCGUGCCACUCACACAAUUCAAAUGUGUGCGUAUCUGUCUGCCACUCAUACAAGUUGAGCUGUGCAUGUGUGCCAGCCUGCCACUGCGCCAGCCUGCUGCUCGCACAAGUCAAAAUGUACGUGUGUGCUUUUCCCGCUUUGGUCCUGACAGUGCUGCUACGAUGUUGAUGCCUAAGAAAAAUCAUAUUGAUCUUUUUAAGGAGGGUGUGAUGGUGGCCAAGAAAGAUGUCUACAUGCCUGAGCAUCUAGAACUAGUGGACAAAAAUGUGCCCAACCUCCAUGUCAUGAAAGCAAUGCAGUCCUUGAAAUUUCGUGGCUACGUGAAGGAUUGGUUUUUGACCAAUGACGGCAUUCAGUACCCGGAUUAUCUCCAUCGACCACCUGAAUUGUGGCCUGCCACUUUGCGUUGCAGCCGUCCUGAAACAGGCAGACCGAGGCUCAAAGGUUUAGAAGGUCUUACACGAGGAGAAGCUGAUAGGGAUACCUAUAGAAGAAAUGCAGCUCCUCCUGGUGCAGAGAAAAAGGCAGAAGCUGGUGCUGGGUCAGCUACUGAAUUUCAAUUUAGAAGUGGAUUUGGACUGCGUGGUCAACCCCCUCAGUAGACAACUGCUGCUGUUAUUGCAUCUGUGUAUAAUAAAAAGGUUAAAAAAUUGCACGUGU